AAAAAAAAACUGUCCAAAAACAAUACUAAAAAGUUUCUCUCUUUCUCUCUGGAGAAUCUCACGCCGUUUCGUUUCUUCCUCCAAGCUCACGCCUUUGCCGCCGGAUCGGCUCUGCUCCGGCGACCCAUUACAGGCUUGCUUGGUAGCUGUGGAAACUUUCUGUGUCUAGCUUUGUUACUAAGUAGUAUUGUGGGUUUGGUUUGAUUUAUUGAAAGUCUCCAUUUUUAUUAAGUGGAAGCUAAUUGCUUUCUUGGAGUGAGAGUUCUUGGUUUUCUAGGGUUCUUAUUCUGAAUUGAGUUUAGUUAUGGCUGAACCUGCUAUGGUGGAUAGAGGGAUUCAAAGCUUAAUGUCUGCAAGAAAGUCUCUAAAGUCGAGUCUGGAGAAAUCUAAAGCCAUUGGUUUAGCUUUGGAGAGAACCGGUCCUAGGUUUGCUGAGAUUGAGCAGAGAUUACCUUCCCUUGAAGCUGCUGUGAGGCCUAUAAGAGCAGAUAGAGAAGCUCUUGUAGCUGUUGGUGGCCACAUUAACCGAGCUGUUGGUCCUGCAGCUGCAGUUCUCAAGGUGUUUGAUGCUGUCCAUGGACUUGAGAAGUCUUUAUUAUCAGAUCCCAAGAACGAUCUCUCUGGGUACUUAGCGGUGUUGAAGCGGUUAGAGGAAGCUUUGAAGUUUCUAGGUGAGAAUUGUGGGUUAGCUAUCCAGUGGCUGGAGGAUAUUGUUGAGUAUUUGGAAGAUCACAAUGUUGCUGAUGAGAAGUAUCUUUUGAAUUUGAAGAACUCUUUGAAAGGUCUCAGGGAGUUUCAAGAAGAGAAAGCUAGGCUUGAUGGUGGGCUUAGGGAAGCUGCUUUGGACAAACUUGAGAACGAGUUCAGGAGGCUAUUGAAGGAUAACAGUGUUCCACUUCCCAUGGCGUCUCCACCAUCAUUAGGAGAACAAGCAUGCAUUGCACCGUCUCAGUUACCUGUAACCGUAAUCCAUAAACUGCAAGCCAUUCUUGGGAGGCUCAGAGCUAACAACAGACUCGAAAAGUGUGUUUCGAUAUACGUGGAAGUGAGGAGCUCUAACGUUAGAGCUAGUCUUCAAGCACUUGACUUAGACUAUCUAGACAUCUCUGUUACCGAGUUCAACGACGUGCAGAGCAUAGAAGGCUAUAUAUCUCAGUGGGGGAAUCAUUUAGAGUUUGCUGUUAAGCAUCUGUUCGAAGCCGAGUUCAAGCUUUGCAACGAUGUGUUUGAGAGAGUUGGUUUAAAUGUUUGGAUGGAUUGCUUCUCCAAGAUCGCUGCUCAAGCUGGUAUGCUCGCGUUUCUCCAGUUUGGGAAAACUGUUACCGAUAGCAAGAAAGAUCCAAUCAAGCUUCUGAAGCUGCUUGACAUCUUCACUUCAUUGAACAAACUGAGAGCUGAUUUCAACCGUCUCUUUGGUGGAGCAGCUUGUAUUGAGAUCCAAAACUUCACAAGAGAUCUCAUCAAGAAGCUAAUAGACGGUGCAGCUGAGAUCUUCUGGGAGCUUUUGGUUCAGGUAGAGAUUCAGAAGCAAAUCCCGCCGCCUAGCGACGGUGGUGUUCCUAGACUAGUCAGUUUUGUAACUGAUUACUGUAAUAAACUUAUAGGAGACAAAUACAAGUCAACGCUUACUCAAGUUCUGCUCAUAAACAAAAGCUGGAGAUCAGAAAGGUUCCAAGAUAAUCAGCUUAUGGUUGAGGUUCUAAGAAUAAUCAAAAUGAUUGAACACAACAUGGAUGCAUGGAUGAAAGCGUAUCCGGAUCAAACGCUAGCUCAUUUCUUCGGUAUGAACAAUCACUGGCAUCUAUACAAGAGCUUAAAGGGUACUAGAAUUGGAGAUCAGUUAGGAGAUUCAUGGCUGAAGGAACAUGAUCAGUACAAAGAGUAUUACGCUACUGUCUUCCUUAGAGACACUUGGGGUAAGCUCCCAAGCCAUUUGAGCAGGGACGGGCUUAUACUCUUCUCUGGUGGACACGCCACGGCUCGUGAUCUUGUCAAGAAGAGGCUGAAGUCUUUUAACGAUGCGUUUGAUGAGAUGUAUAAGAAGCAAUCCACAUGGGUUGUACCUGAAAAAGAUUUGAGGGAGAGAGUUUGUCAACAGAUUGUUCAGGCUGUUGUGCCGGUUUACAGAAGCUAUAUGCAAAACUAUGGGCCGUUGGUUGAGAAAGAUGCUAGUUCGAGCAAGUACGUGAGAUACUCAGUGGUGGCUUUGGAGAAGAUUCUCAGCUCUCUUUACAUUCCUAGGCCUAUGAGAUAUGGGAGUUUUAAAGGAACACUACCGAGUGAGAAAGUUAAGAACGAUGUUGACCUGAGACGUACUACUUCUGCUGUUGUCUGAUUAAUGUGAUCAUUGUUGUGUCUGCUCUUGCAUCUCCCCGGGAAGCUUAUCUUCAAUGGAGAAGCAGAUGUAGUCUUUUUAUACGUAUAUAAAAUACUGUCAAAUUAGGUAUAGCUUUUUUAGUCAUUGAUCAAGUCCUUUUAGUUUAUUUAUUUCAUUUUAGGGACCAGGAGGGUUGGAUUCUUCUAUUUAAUGCGAUAACCAGAAGAUCUGUUGUUCUUAGUUGUUGUGCUCUACCAUUUGUGACUUUUUAUGAAUCUUUUUUAAAAUAAUGGAGAAUGUAGGAA